UUAACCCAAUUGGCUACUUACCACUUUCCAAAUCUGUUUUUUUUUCUCCUUUCUCUCGAUUUCACAAACUCAAACCCUAAUUUUCUCUCGACACUCAAAUUUUCACAGCUCCUUUCCUCUUUCUUCACCGGGGGAGGGAGAUGGAAUCAGAUCAGGGGAAGCUGUUUAUCGGCGGGAUUUCAUGGGACACUGACGAGAAUCUCCUGAAGGAGUACUUCGCCAAUUACGGCGAGGUUUUGCAGGUGACGGUGAUGCGAGAGAAAGCUACAGGUCGUCCUCGAGGAUUCGGAUUCGUCGCAUUCUCCGAUCCAGCUGUCAUUGAUAGGGUUCUUCAGGAGAAGCACCAUAUCGAUAAUAGAGAUGUUGAUGUGAAGAGAGCAAUGUCUAGAGAAGAGCAGAGUCCUGGUGGGAGACCAGGGGGUUUUAAUGCUUCUAGGAGUUUUGAUAGCGGCGCUAGCGUUCGUACCAAGAAGAUAUUUGUCGGAGGUUUGCCUCCCGCUUUAACAUCAGACGAGUUUCGGGCCUACUUCGAGACUUACGGCCCUGUUAGCGAUGCGGUCAUUAUGAUUGACCAGGCAACACAGCGUCCUAGAGGGUUUGGUUUUGUUUCAUUUGACUCGGAGGAUUCUGUUGACCUUGUUUUGCACAAGACUUUCCACGAUAUGAAUGGUAAACAAGUAGAGGUCAAAAGAGCUCUUCCUAAAGAUGCUAAUCCUGGAAUAGCUGGGGGUGGUCGCGGUGGCUCUGGAGGUUUCCCCGGAUAUGGUGGUGGUUCUGGUGGAAGUUGCUAUGAGGGUGGUCGUGUUGAUUCGAGUAGUAGAUACAUGCCGCCUCAAAACGUUGGAAGUGGUUACCCUCCUUAUGGUGCUUCUGGGUAUGGUACUGGUUAUGGUUAUGGCAGCAACGGUGUUGGUUACGGCGGUUUUGGAGGGUACGGGAAUCCAGCUGGUGCGCCAUACGGGAAUCCAGCUGGUGUCCCUGGAGCUGGGUUUGGAAGUGGUCCAAGAAGUUCAUGGGGAGGACAAGCUCCAACGGGUUACAGUAAUGUGGGAUAUGGAAAUGCUGCUGCUCCGUGGGUUGGUGGUUCGGGUCCCGGUUCAGCAGUGAUGAGUCAAGGAGGAGGUGCGUCUGCAGGUUAUGGCAGUAGUCAAGGUUAUGGCUAUGGUGGAAAUGAUGCGUCUUAUGGGGCUCCAUCUGGUUAUGGUGCAGUUGGUGGACGGCCUGGAAGUAUGCCUAACAGCCAUGGCGGUGGCUAUGCCGAUGGUUCAGAUGGCUCUGGAGGCUAUGGGAAUCUGAAUCACCAAGGGAAUGGGCAAGCUGGUUAUGGUGGAGGUUAUGGAAAUGUUAGGCAAGCUCAGCAACAGUGAUUGGAGGAAUAAAAAAUACUGCAGUGUGGUUUUAUUCCUGACCUCUGAAACCUCCACUUCUGGGGCGGUUUGGCGAGGAGGUCUACGCUAUCUGUUUUGUUAGUUUUUAAUAAGUUGUGUUCAGGCACACUUGAUGCUGAGUCGUACUUAGUAUUUCCUAUGAAGCUGUAGUUUUUUUUGUAUGUUUGCGUGCUUAUUUUAUGUUUCUCUAUCCUAGUGUUUUGUGUUUAACAGUAACUCCUCCAGAUUAUCAUUAUUCAUAUUUCUUCCCUGCA